AACGUGUGUGGUCUCGUCAGACCCGAUAAGAAUGGUGUAAUAAUGUGUGAGUCAAUCGAAAUUUUUCCUUGAAAAAAAGAUCAAUUUUCAAUAGAGACUACGAUUCUUUCAUAUAUUUUUGGGUUUUUUUCUGUUCAAUUCGUCCUCAUUUUUCUCGAUUCACAUAUUUAUUACUUUGAUUAGAUCACACUCGGAAAAUAGUAGGCAAUGGUGAUUGCGGUAUUGUUAGGCAAUUUAUUUAUAAUAACAUUAUCCUCUGCUCAUUAUUAACGAGAACUUGGCAAAACCAAAAAUGAAACGUGUUUAUCUAGGAAUGGACAGUGGAGAUAACAUCCCAAACAAAGUGGCCCUAGUGGAAAGGAACACGGCACCACAAGGAAUACCUCUUUUAAAUCCUUACGCAGUGGCUAAAAAAUCUGCUCAUGACCUUGUAGAGUUGGCUUCAGAAAUUCAAAAGGCGGACAGCUUCAUCAGAGCGAAUGCACAGAAUAAACUGCACAUAAUAGCAGAACAAAUACAUUUUCUUCAGAAACAAGCUGAGAAAGUACUUCUCGAGGCAAAAGAGCAAACGUUUUUGCAUCAUGCUGCUUGUAACUUUGUUAAACACUCUGGCCAAAUCUAUCAUUUGUAUGAGAGAGAAUCUGGUCAAUGUUACUUCUCCAUGUUGAGUCCAGAAGAGUGGGGAAACAGAGCACCGAGGCAGGAUUACAAAGGAUCUUUCAGACUGGAACACGAUCAGUCGUGGACACCGGUAUCCCAAAUAAAUUCAAGAGAUGAUGAGCUUACAAUGAUAAACAAACUUCUUGAUUCGAACUCGAGGCUCACUAUAGAAUUAGGACAAAAUAGUAUGCAUAUCGAUUGAUAAGAAUAACUCGAAUAACCUCAUUAGAUAUAAAGAUGUUGAUUGAGGCUCGUACUGUUAGAGUGAAGCGAGAAUUGAUUUUUUAUAAAAUCUAUUUUACCCAAUUUUUGAAUGUUUUAUAGAAGCCGCAAAAUUUCAAGACCUACCAAAUGACAUGAAAAAUCAUUUAGUUUCAUUGCAAUAGUCCUUAUUGAAGUCUAGUAACUUGUAUAUUGAAAUAAAAUUAUUUUCUAUAAA